AUGUCGCUCAGCCUCACCCACGUCACUGGCGUCUACUUCGAGCGGCUUUUCGCCCAAAACAAAACGCUUUCUGCCGCCAAGGCCCAGGUGCUCCUUGUGGACCGCUUCACCAUGCCCAUCAUCUCCAUGUGCUACACCCAGUCGCAGCUCCUCCAGCAGGAGGUGAUUUUGGUCGAGAUGCUCGACAAACAGCACCUGCUCAGCCCCAUGCGCCACCUCAACUGUGUGGUGUACAUCAAGCCCGAAAAAGAGCUGCUUGCCAUGCUCAGCGCCGAGUUGCGCCUGCCCCACUACAGCCAGUACCUGGUUUUCUUCAGCAACAGCGCCAGCAAGAACGACAUUGAGAAAUUGGCCCGUGCUGACGAAAACGAGGUCGUGCGGCUGGUGGUGGAGGUUUUCCUGGACUAUUCGGUGGUCAACGACAACUUGUUCCAGGUGGCGGUCGAGGCUGGCGCCAACAGUACCGUGCACGAGGCGGCCAGUCUUCUGAGCCUUCUUUUGCUGGUGAAAAAGUGCCCGGCCAUCCGGUACGAGCCCCAGCUGUUGGUGGCCAAGCGGCUUGCCUCUGAGAUGCUCUACCACAUCAACUCGAACUCCAACAACAACCUUUUCGACGACUUGAACCGCACCUGCGACAGCGCGCCUGUGUUGGUGAUUUUGGACCGCAAAAGCGAUCCCAUCACUCCGUUGGUCACGCCGUGGACCUACCAGUCGAUGAUCCACGAGCUCAUUGGCAUCGAGAAGAACGUUGUGACGCUCCCGGAAUCGGGCGAACAGCUCACGCUCUCGGAAAAGGACGAUUUCUUCCGCGACGCCAUGUACUUGAACUACGGCGACUUGACAGACAAGUUCCAGCAGUAUGUGGACUCGUACAAGCGGCAGACCAAGCAGCUGGCCACCAGUCUCCAGACGCAAGACCUUGCCGAGUUGAAAAAACUCUUGACCCGGUUCCCCGAGUUCAAAAAGUUGUCGGCCAACAUUCUCAAGCACUUGAAUAUUAUCAGCGAGAUCGACAAGCAGAUCUCGGCGCAAAGCUUGUGGGCUGUGGGCGAGCUACAGCAGACUAUCGUGUGUGGUUUGGACAACCACAACGCCAUCCGCUCGAAAUUGCUACAAGUUCUACGUGACGUGGCCGUUUCCGCCGAAAACAAAGUCAAGUUGCUUUUACUCUAUACGGCAAAGUUCCCUACUGGCGACAUGGAGCCGCUCGUGUCACUUUUGCGUGAUCCAACACUCACAAACCCGCCUCCUCCAGCGAGGUAUUUCUCGCUUGUGGCCAACUUCAACCGCGUAUUCGGUGCUGGAGCAAAGAAUCUCCGCGACGAACACACCAACGACAACACCACAAACAACAAUAACAACAACAUUGCCAAGCUUUUCACGCAGAACAAAAUCAAGAUCCAGCUGCUUUUCAACCCGACAAAUAGACCGCGUUCGGCCUCAAUGCCCAAAACCGACAACAUCUUUAUGCAAUACAUCCCUCCGUUACACGAAACGUUGGGUCAUGUUACGGGCCACAUCAAAACGCCGUCGUCGUUGUCUUUGUUGGUGCCAGACACCGUCAACAAGCAGUAUGGCGGUGCAGCAGGCGUGGCACCGCAACAUGUUGUCGUCUACUUCAAAGGUGGAGCAACAUAUGAAGAGGCACGUUUGAUCCACGAAAUGUCACGCAUGAGAUCGGGAAUCAGCUACGUGAUUGGUGGAGACAGCCUCUUGGACAGUUCGCUGUGGCUUGAGCGCAUGUGCGAGAUGGUAGAGUGA